AAAAAAAAACAGAAAAAUCAGCAUGCAUAUUGCGAGCAUUUCGAACAUCGUUUAUUGAUCAACUCGCUAGUAUUUAUUGGUAUAUUGAAUUCGAAUCGAAGUGAAGCUCAUAAAUAGCGACCCGGAUACCUGGCAUAGAUUUAUGAAAAACGUAACGCCCCGAGAAUUUUCUCUCACGAAUAUUGUCGGGGAUGAACAUCACACUUCGACAUUAUAAAAAAAAACGUCUAUUUUCGCGAACGAUUUACACGAAAGAUCGACUAUGUUUUUCCGAGUUCGCUCGAGAAAGAAAAAUAUCUCAUUUUGAGACGCGUAGAAUUAAAACGUGGUAUUACUAAAUGGAUUUUUUUAAAGCAAUUGUAAGAGAGAGACUGCCGACGACGGCGACGGCGAGGAACAUUAUUCAGGGACGCGCAAGGACAAAAACGGACGUCGCGAUGGAGAAGAGCUAUUAAAAUAUGUAAGAACAACGGGAACGUGACUGUGACGGGCGAGCACGUGUGUUUGCUCUCCUCGGUUAUUUUUUUUUUCCUUUUUCUUCAAAACGUACGUACGUUGCGAAUUCAUGCUGUUCUACCAACUACUACCAUGUUCCAUUAAAUUAGAAAGAAAGCAUAUUGUUCCGUAAUUUUAUUAAGCACCAUCACAAACCUUUCAGAAUUUUAAUUCGAUUAAGAUGUAAUUGUCAUCGUUUUCUGGUCAAAGUUUAAAUAUUUUCCGCAAAAAUGGAAUUCGUUAAAUUUCCAUCAAAAAAGAUAUUCUUCAACGAGACAUUAUUUUCUUUUCCAUAACGGAAAGUUAGGUGAAGCACAUCAACGGUACACAUUGCGAAUUCAUGCCGCUCCGUCAACUAUCACAAAGUUCCAUUAAAUUAGAAAGAAACCACCACUGCCCUUAAUAAAUUUUAAUACGCGACACACAAAGCUUUCAGGCAUCAAAUUUAAUUAACCUAAUUGCCAUCGUUUUUAAAACCGCAUGUGUUCAACGUGUUCUGAAAAAAAUAACAUUUAUUAAAUUUUGAUUUAAAAUUUUUGAUUAAACUGUCCUUGAAACGAGACUUUAUUUUCCUUUUAGAAAAUGAAGCCUUCAAUUGUACAUUAUACAUACAUUUCGCGUUUGCAAAAUCUCUCUUCCUCUCUGCGCAAUAUACACAACAAAAUACAACAUAAUAACAAAAGCAAUAAACGCCGCGGGAUUUUACAUAAACGCUUUAUUAUUAUUAAACAUAAAAAGUAUAUUUAUCGUUUCGACGAUACGCUGAUGACACGCAAUCGAACCGUAAUCCAAUGCGCGUCGACACAUAAUUAAGCGUGACCCCAAAUCGAUAGGGAUUAUCCGUCCAAUUGGGAAACCUCCCCGAACGACAAAUACCAGAUUAAUAUACAAUUAAUUAACCGGAGGAUGAGCUUUCGGUUGUCAAUUCGCACGAGUGUCAGAAACCGGGAACAAAAAUAUGUGUGCGUGAUAAUUGAAUUCGCAAAUCAGCUCUGAAGACGACGGAGAUGGGAAUCAAUCGACGGGUGGAUGGGGCGGCUCAUGGUGCAUCGCGGCGACGCGACGAACGGUGCACACGUGUACGCGGAAUACGCACGUAACCGUAACUUCUUUCACGUGACUUUGCCACCUCCCCGCGCGCCGGUUAUCGCAACGCACGGACGCGUCAUCGUCAACAAACGAUAAGAACGAAGGAGAGCCGCUGUCACGUGUGCGAGAACGACUUGGGAUGACAGCGCGUUAGUCUGGUUGUAAGAUCCCCGCGGCACGUGGAGUCGCGCGGCGGAAUUGCGGAGGAGGCGGCGCGAAGGCGGCGACGGCGACGCUGGCAGCGGUUGCGGUGAUGGUCGUGGUCGUAUCGUAAUGGUAGUGGUGGUAGUAUCAGCGAUCGUGCUCGCGAUGGUAGUAUGAGUAAGUGUUUUCGGAAAAUUAAUGUCGCACGACGUCGUCGGGAGGAGGGAGAGAUCACCGAAAAGCCGGGGAGAAGGUGAAAGUGAACCUCUGUCGCGGCCGUGGCGACGAACGGUGCAUAACCUAAAAAUAAAGCAUAUUUCUCUCUCUCUCUCUCUCUCUCUCUUCUCUCCCACUCGCUCACUCGCUCUUCACGUCUGCGUCCGUCCGUCCGCUCUCCGUUGUCGUGUCGUGCGUGAUCGCGCGCACAGUACGUCGUGCGGUAUCGUCCGUGGACUGUCGUCGUUCGCGCGGAUACUCGUCGUCGUACGCCACUCGUCUCCUUCACCCACGUCGUCUACCUCUACUGCGUCACUUUCUCGGGACUCUGUCGCGUCCGCGUCGACAUGAUCGCGCCGGAACGGUCACGAAGGUGCUCGUCGAUGGACGAGUAACUUCGUGGACAGGCAACACCGGCAACGUAUGGAGAAUAUGGAUACCACGGGCAGCGAGUCGGCGGGGGAGCAGCAGGCCGUCCCCGACAGCACGGUGCCGCGAAAGUGCUGGUCUGAUCUUCGCGCCGUCGUCAGCGAUCUCAGAAGGAAGCUGUCCGGAGUAUCAGCCGCGUCCGUGCCGGGCUGCAUAACAUUUCGGUCGCUUCCGGACGGCCGGACUAGAAUCUAUUUCCUUAGCACGCCGAGCAACGGUUGGGAGACUACUCUUCUCUACGUAGACAUCGCGCACGCGGAUCACGCCAAUGGCUACAGACUGCACUGGCAACCUGUGAUAGAAGCGAAUUUUCAAAGCGUGUCAAGUGUGAACAGACUGUCGAAGGAGGAACAGCUGUUGUGGGAAAGGAAAAGACUCGCUACAUGGGGUAUAACCAGUUAUGAGAUUCACGCCGAAAGUGGAAAAUUAGUCUUUCCAGCUGCUAGCAGCCUUUAUCAAUGUGUGGACACUGGAUUCAUGCCUGGACCGCUCUUUCCAUCGGAAAUCAGAAUGUCGAUGGCUGGAGCGAAACUGUGCCCUCAGAUUUGUCCCUGGAACAACGCUUUGAUCGCCCACACGUGUUCGGGAGAUCUGUACCUGUCUCACAGUAUAACAGGCUCCUCGGUUCGAUUAACUCAUGCUAGGAAAGGAGGCAGAAGCCUCGUUGACGAUCCACUUACCGCUGGCACUCCUUCUUAUGUCAUGCAAGAAGAAUUUACAAGGUAUAUUGGCUAUUGGUGGCAGCCCAAAUCUAUGUUUGAUGGAAUCUAUAGGAUAGUAUACGAAGAAGUGGACGAGAGCGAUGUCAAGAUAUACUGCUUUCCCUCGUCGAAUUCUGACGAGGUGGACGAAUUUAGAUUUCCGAGAGCCGGUAUGUCGAAUGCUAGGAGUAAUUUAAAAAUGGUGCAAUUUCGUCUAACAGAGUCGUUGCAUAUCGUCGACAUUGAAAUACUGGAACUCCAGUAUCCUCUUCACAUCAUGUUCCCGUGGAUGGAAUACAUGGUGAGAGUCGGAUGGACUCCAGACGCUCAAUACGUCUGGGUGCAACUUUUGGACAGAAAACAGCAGAAACUUGAGUUGAUUCUGUUGUCGAUAGACAACUUUUGCGAACCACCGCCAAACACGUACAACACGGAAAACCACUUUACACCCACGUCAGCGAGCGUUCAAGUGAUAUACUCCGAGCAGAGUCCGAUCUGGAUCAACGUGAACGACUUGUUAUACUUUUUAAAAUCUGACGACGCGAACGAAAUCAAAUUUAUUUGGGGGAGCGAAGAAUCCGAGUUCCGACAUUUAUAUCUUAUAACGUCCAGUAUAGCAGGUUUAAGUAACGGAGUGGAAGAACCUCUAGACCGAAUGGACAGUAUAUUUCUCCGGCCACGUAUUACUUCCAAAGUAGCUCUAACGCAGGGCGAUUGGGAAGUGCUAGGGAAGAAAAUCUGGGUCGACGAAGUCAAUUCCAUCGUCUACUUCUGCGGAUUACGAGAAGGGCCGUUGGAGCAACAUGUUUAUGCAGUUUCGCUGCGACGGCCGUUAGAAAUACGGCUGCUGACGCGGCCAGGCUACAGUUACAAUAGUGUAUAUUUUAACAAAGAAUGUACGAUGUUGGUCACUGUUUAUAGCUCCAUUAAAACGUUGCCUACUUGUCAAGUAUUUAAAAUAUCACAAACAGAUUGGACAGUAGAAAGCAUAUCACUUACACCUGUAGGUUAUCUUCUAGAACCGUCUACACUCGAAUCCGAGCUGUUCGCGCCGGAGAUCUUCACGCAUAAAAUCAAAUCGGGAGAUACAGUCUACUCGAUGAUAUUCAAGCCUCAUAAUUUCCAACCUGGAGUUAAGUAUCCUACGAUAUUGAACGUUUACGGAGGCCCCGAAGUACAACUUGUAUCAAACACUUUUAAAGGUUUAAGACAUUUACGAAUGCACAUGCUAGCUGCUCAAGGCUAUUGCGUAGUUUUAAUAGAUUCUCGCGGAUCACAGCAUAGAGGUCUUGUAUUCGAGAGUCACUUACGACGUAGGAUGGGAACGGUAGAACUGAACGAUCAAGUCGAAGUAUUGAGAUGGCUGACGGAGACUACUGGAUACAUAGAUCUAAAUCGUGUGGCUCUUCAUGGCUGGUCUUACGGUGGAUACUUAAGUCUAAUGGGCUUGAUACAAUAUCCUGACGUAUUCAAGCUGGCCAUUGCUGGUGCUCCAGUUACCUCGUGGAACUUUUAUGACACCGGAUAUACCGAGCGUUACAUGGAUCUGCCACAGAACAAUCCUCAUGGUUACAUGGCUGGGUCAAUCCUGACCUAUGUAAACAAAUUUCCCGAUGAAGAGAACCGUUUAUUGAUUAUUCACGGUCUCAUAGACGAGAAUGUACAUUUCUACCAUACUAGCCAAUUGAUUAAUGCCCUUGUAAAGAUCGGUAAACCGUAUCAGCUGCAAGUUUAUCCUAACGAGAGGCAUAGUCUGAGAAGCCUAGAUGCCAGCAAACAUUACGAAACAACCCUGUUAUCUUUUUUACAAAAUCAUUUAUAAACUAAUGCUUUUUUUUCUUUUUAUUUUGUUUUCUUUGUUAGAUAGUUUGAAUAACCGUUCCUCUGAGCAAGAUGUUUAACUGCCAUUAAUUUACGUACAUACUUAAACAUAAAAAUUAAAAGGAAAAAAAUACUUUUAAAUGGCAAGGAUGUGUAGUUUCUGUAUAAAAGUCUGCCAUUAUGGCUUUUAAAAUAGUAUUACAUUUUUUUCAAGCAACAGUCUGUGAAUAUAUUGUGUAAUUAAUUAGCAGAACGGAUUUCUAGCAAGGAAUUUAUAACUUACAAAAAAAGAUGUGCAGAAUACGAAUUUUCAAUGCCACUAUCAAGAUGCCACAAAACGCGCGAUAAAUACACUCGAGGUUUUCUUAAUCAGCUAUUGUCAAAACUUGCGAUCGUGAUAAUAUUGGUUAAUUGUGACACUACUCUCUAAGAGAAUGGACAAUACUCAAUUUACUGACAAUAGUUAAUCAGGAAAACUACUCUGGAUGAGUUUCUGUUUCGCGAUCAUUUCGCAAUAUACAUUGAAUUGUUAAUGUUAACACGUCGACUGUGACUAUGUACAUAUACCAUAUCCCUCUUAUCUUUCUACGAAAUGAAAAUCCGCGUUUCAGCGAGAAAAGUAUUUGCAUUCUUCAAUGUUGUGAAAUAAUCGUAUAUCCGAUGGAUAAUUAUUUGUCAAUAAAUAAAUUCAUUAUUUUAUAUUUUUUAUAAUUAUUAUAAGCAAUAAAACAUAACUAAUAUACAGUAA